AUGGCCGCUUCUGCUGCUGGUCGUUUUUCCUUGCCCUGGAAGGACUUCUUUGACCGAGAGAAGGACAAGGGGAAACAUCAUAUUAACUGUAUAGAGGCCUGCAUGAGCGACAGUGGCUCCUAUAUUAUACCGGCCCCAAAUGAACGUCAAAAGCGUGAAUCAAAGUAUGCCCAGUCGGCAAGGGAAAUUCGUCUCUGUUCUGGUACACUCGUUAUUGUCCCGGAAAACUUGGUGGACCACUGGGAACAUGAGAUCGCUACUCACACUAGCGAUUUGAGGGUCCUAGUUCUGCGAAAUAAGGACAAAACACCGUCGACGGACGAACUUUUAGACUUCGAUAUUGUGCUCUUCUCCAAAGGCCGAUGCAACAGAGAGAACCCAAAAAUAGGCAAAUCUGGACAUUAUCCUAUUGUCGAUCUUCACUGGUUGCGAGUCAUUGUUGAUGAAGGACAUGACCUUGCCGGCAGAACAACAGAAAUGGUCGACUUGCUAAAAAAGCUACACUUUGAGCGCCGCUGGAUCAUUUCGGGAACCCCCUCUCGGAAUUAUGAUACCGAAUCGUCGCUCGACGGUCGCGCCAUCUUGCAGAGAGCCAGAAACGCAGGCGGUGCCCUAAAGCAUGAAAUCAAAGAUUUGGAUAAAUUAGGCUUGAUGGCUCAUGAUUUCCUCGAUCUAAAGCCUUGGUCCAACAAUCGCAAUAAGGAUUGGAAAUCGGAGUGGGAUACUUACACAAGAACGGUGGGUGAAGAUAGAAUUCCUCGAAAAUCUCCCUCUCUACGCGCGACCCUUCAAAGUCUUGUUGUGCGGCACCCGUACGAAACGGUCAAACAAGAGAUCACUCUUCCACCACUGUAUAACAAAGUGGUAUACCUUGAGCCAACCUUCUACGACCGGCUAUAUAUCAACAUAUUCCUUUUCACACUCGCUGUCAACGCCAUUACAUCUGAACGUGAAGGUCCCGACUAUAUGUUUGGUGAUAACAAAGACAGCAAGUCUAAACUCACUGAGUUGAUACAAAACUUACGUCUGGCUGGAUUCUGGUGGGCUGGCUCUGAUGAUGUCCAGAGUACUGUUGACAUUGCUCUUGAAUAUCUAGAGGAGAACCAAGAGAAGAUGACAGUGGCAGAUUUCAAUCAAUUAAGACAUGGAAUCCAGAUCGCACGAAAGGCAAUUGCCUCCCCCGGCUGGAAUGGAUUCAAGAAAAUGCAUGAGAUGGGAGUCUUUGUUCGGCAUUUCCCAGAGCAUGCUCGCAACAUGUGGGCCCUUGAUCCCCUUGACGCUGACCACGAGCCUCUACUCAUGGGUAUGACACAGGCGCGUCGCGCGCAACAAUUUGUGAUGAACCAUCUCCGCACACUUGAUCCCGCCGAAGGUAUCGCAGGAGAGGGGAUCAAAGUUCGCCGAGAGCUAGUCAAACACAGCCAGAUAGCUACUCUUCCUCACAGUGGUGCCCCCGAAUCGGCAAGUUCCACUGCAAGCCCAUCAAGCUCGAAAAGGAAAAGGAAAGAGCAUACUUUCACGAAGAACAUCUUCCGCACCCUUCCAGAGACUUCGCCCUUGAGACAAACAAAACUGGAAGGAGUCACAUCGGCCAAGCUUCGAUACCUGUUGGAGCAAGUGCUAAAGUUCCAGAAGAUCGAGAAGAUCAUCAUCUUCUAUGAGCAUGACAACGUCGCUUCCUGGGUCGAGCAAGGCCUGGAUCUAAUAGCAGUCAACUUCCGCACCUACGCCAGUACCUCAAGCAUGGGAUCCAAUCUCAAAACCGAACAUUUGAACAGUUUCCGUCAAACCGAAGAGGUCCGUGUCCUGCUGAUGAGCGUCAAAGAAGCCUCGCACGGUCUCCACAUUCCCGAAGCCUCACGGAUGUAUAUCGUCAACCCAAUCUGGGAACGUAAUGUGGAGAGCCAAGCCAUCAAACGAGCCCACAGAAUCGGACAGAAAAGACCUGUCUACGUCGAGACCCUCGUCCUAGGCGAUACCCUCGAACAUCGGAUGCUCAAUCGCAGCAAAAACAUGACCGCCGAGGAGACGAAGCACGCAGGAGAUAACCCGCUGAAAGAUAGUACCAUGAGCGAUAUUAUAAAGAAUGAGCCCUUCCUGCCUAUGCUCGACGAGGCUUCGGCCAGCAUGGCUCCGCUGACACAUCCGAUUGGGCUAUUUGAUCAACAUCAAUUGCCGAUUCCCGAUGAUGAGACAGACCCUGUGCGCGUGCCUUUGCGGCAGCGGGGACAGCGGAAAAAGAGACAGCGGUCGGGUCCGGAAUCGGAUGCAGAUGCCAAUUCUGAUUCGGCUGGUAUCCAGGGGCCAUCAGACCAGCGGCGACGGAUUGUCUUUUUGAGGCCUCAUCAGGUUAGGAGUGAGGGUGCCGUGGUUUCGCCACCUGGGCCGCAGCAGGCUGUGCCCAGGUCGAAUUCGACUUCUGGUGCUGGGGUUUCUGUGUCUGGGCCUUCGCGGACUGGUUUGGCGGAGAGUGCGAUUUUUAUUAACGAUGAUGAUGAUGAAUCUGGCCCAUUGCAAUCUGUGCCGACGCACUUGUCUGAUUUUCCUGGAGGUGGUGUUGACCAACGAGUUUCGUUGUUUGGGCCAUUCGUGUGA